CUGUGUGAUCCUUCCUUGAUCGAUCCUCCUUUGGCACACAGUCUUUCCACUCACUCACUCAGUCGUCGGCUAGUGGGCGUGCACGAGGCUAGGCGUGUACUCUUUCUCUUCCUGGAGCCUCAUGUCUUUCUCUUCCUGGAGCCUCAUGCCUUUCUCUUUCUGGAGCCUCAUGUCUUUCUCUUUCUGGAGCCUCAUGUCUCUCCAUUCUGGAGCCUCAUGUCUGCCUCACGGGCAGCCUCUGCAUAGCAGACAGAAGACACACAUCCGUGCAUGUGUGUAAGUACCCAUCAUCAAGUAGGUUAAAAUGCAAAUGGCGGGGGGGGGGUUCGGCAGGUAUUCUUCUGUCUGUCUGUCUGUCUGUCUGUCUCAGAGUCUGACUCACCUCUGUUCGAAAUCCAGCUCGGAUUUCCAGGGAAAAAUUUGGCGGUCGUCGCGAUGCCCCACGUCUCAAUUGACAUGAGGUGACCGGCCUUGAACACGCGGCCCUCAAGGGGAUCCUCCCCAGAGGUCCUCUCGACGAACUUCUGUCUCACACGAGACAAGGCAAGGACACGCACAGGAUGGGACAUGUAGUUGUUGCAAACACAUCUGAGUCGCAGUGACUUGCUCCUUCUCACCACGUCCUUGGCGGCCAUGCACCAGGUCUCCAGACCGAGCGAGCCGACAGACAUCAGAUGAGUUGCAGUGUUUGGCCACGUCCUCUGUCUCCUCGCAUGUCCCCACUCCCUGGUCAUUCUGGUGUAGUGCCAUCAGGAAAUUGGCCAUCCGUAUCUGUCGUCCGGAGAGACAGCAGAAGGGCAGAUAUGAAACGCUCCCGCAUCUAUCGAUUCCUAGCUCACCUCCUUGACGACACAGGUCUGUCUGUAGUAUGUGCACCUCUUCGACAUCUGGUCCCCGUAGACGCUUGCCUGUGGGUAGACGACACAGAAGGGUCGUAAGGCCAUCUUGUGAGACGUCUCACCAUGUCUGUAGUUUCUUUGCCGUUGGUGCAGUGUUGGGUGUGGUAGGCUAUCAUGUCGACUUCGCACGGCUCAGGCUGGCCAGUCCGGAGGCUCUUGCAAGUGGCCAGGCCGACGCAGGAGGCGAGCACCAGGGCCUUAAGCAGAAGGGCCGGCACGACGGAUGCCAUCUGCAAUGACAUGCCAAACAGAACAGAGCCAUCCCAUCUAAUUGCCCACUGUAACGGCGUGGCAGUCAACCUCCGGCCGCCUCGUCUCGCUCACCGUCUCGAAAGCCGCAGGCAACUCAAAUGGUGAAGGAACGCUUAGUCAGGGACACCCAGAGAGGCUUCCGGGACCGCAGAAAUGAAGGCGGUGGGCUCUGCGGCGCUCUCUGGCCUGGUGCGAGGCGUUGUGUCACAAGGCCUCGUGGCAAAGCCCGCAGUCUAUUUGCCCCCAGUGGCAGAGAGCCGUGGGCUGCAAUGCUCAGACAGCGGAGACUCUGAGGGAAAAGGAUUCGGAGAAGCCCUGGGGGGUGGUCUGCGGACAGGAGACGCCCCCGGCCAAUUUACGAAACCGAAACAUUGGCGUGGUUUUUGCUUUGUGUUACUGAUGGCUGGCAGCAGCCCGCUCCGUCGUCUGACCCCAUCUCCCUUUCUCCCCUUCUCGGCUCAUCCUCCUCUUCCAGUGACGGCCAUGACGGCGACAUGAAGGACCCCGCGGCCAUCGUGCUGCCGCCCAUGAGCCUCGUGCAGCUGCGGCAGGUGCUCAAGGACAAGCGCACCAAGCGGCUGCUCGCCAGCCGUCCCCCACCAAAGGCAAAGGCAGCAUCCAAGAAACGCUCCCGGCCCGACAAGGCAACGCUGGUGGUGGUGUGUGUGAUGGUGAGGGUGAGGGCACGGGAGCGGUGGGUUGGGGGGGAAGCAGCAGGGGCCCAUCGCAAUCAAAACCAUCCAAAUAGGUAGAUGGGGCACAAAGCGUCACCUUAAGCCAUGAUGUCGCACAUGGACGUCACCAUUGCACACAGGAGGUGUUGGGUUGUGAGAUUGUCGGAUGUGGACGUGGGCCCACUCAUUAAUAGGUGCACUCACCCAUGGCAGCGACGGACAGUUCAGCGCACGCCCCCCCGUGGCUUGAAACUCAAAAUAAAUACACCAAAACUGGCCUAGAAGAAACAAACUGAGGCUGCGAAACCUCCCGGUGGACAUCGCCGAUGCCCUGAGUUCCUGGCGACGCAGACACCGCAGUG